AUGAUUGUUGCAGUCACUGCGCGGACCCUUUUUGAAGAUGGAGAGAACUGUCGGUGCCCCCACGAUGAGGGGACCUACUCCGUGUUCCAAACUGUAGAGAACAAAGCCUGUCUUACUCUAAUAGGCUUUAUUCCAUCAUCUUUGCGUGGUCCCACGGCUUGGAUCUCCUUACGGAUUUCCGCCUCAGAUGAUUACAAAUCAUCUUGGUGUCUUGUACCUGGUGGUCUGGAAACGAAUCCAAUUGUCCCGGCUGGUACGCUUGGUCUGAGUACUACAUCCGAUUGUCCAAUGGAUGCUACUAUUGCUCAGAUGUUGAACGCGGUUCGCGGUGGCCAUAUUUCACAGGCCCUGGACACACUAAUCGCUUUUCGUGCUUGCAUUCUGGAUGGAAAACCCAUAUCGAGAUUGAUUCAUCAUGGAAACAAAUCCAGAAUCGAUCGUACAUCGCCAGAAGGAAAUCUCGUCCCUGGGUCGAGUGUCAGCACUCACGGAAAAUCUAAAUCGACUUCAUCCGGCUGUCGUACUCGAUGCACUGAUACGCAUCAGGGCGCUUGGUGCCUCCACGGUUCAUUGUACAGAGAACUCCUGUUUUUCACUGUAUCUGUCUUUCAGCCUGCCCCAAUCAACAUAUUGGCUUUCGAUGAUCAAUUCAACACCGCCUUUUUGAGUUAUCGCGCCAAUCAUUGUCCUUACCUACAUGAGGCUGAUCGUGCACCAUCCCUCGUGGCUGCUGCAUGUCGUCAAAUGCUUCGUCCGUUAACACUCAUUCCGUAA